AUGGCGAUGUUGUUCAUGCCUCGCAGAGCUCUUGAUAAUCGGGUUGCUGUAGUCCUUGUGCUUCUGGUAUUGUUCUGCUCGUUGGGACAUGGCGAGGCGACCCUGAGCCUGAGGAUACUUCUGGAGGCCAAGGCGUCGUUCGUGGAAGAAGACCCGAGAGUGUUGUCUGGCUGGUCUCCGAGCAACCCGAAUUUCUGUACGUGGACAGGCGUGUCUUGCGAUCAGCUUCAACAACAGGUGGUGGCCCUCAACCUGUCGGCGUCCUCGCUGUUGGGUUUGAUAUCGCCGUCCCUGGGCCUCCUGCGAAACCUGCUCCACCUCGACCUCUCCUCCAACAGCCUGACGGGGCCGAUCCCACCUGCUCUCUCCAACCUCUCCUCUCUCCAAUCCCGCCUCUUCUCCAACCAACUCUCCGGGGCCAUCCCUCCUCAGCUCGGCUCCCUCUCCUCCCUCCGCGUCCUCCGCCUCGGUGACAACCCUGCCCUCACUGGCCCUAUCCCUCCGUCCUUGGGCGGCCUGGCAAGCCUCGUUACUCUCGGCUUGGCCUCCUGCAGCCUCACCGUCCCCAUCCCACCUCAGCUCGGACAGCUCCCAUUGCUGCAGAACCUCAUCCUGCAGCAGAACCAGCUCACCGGCCCCAUCCCGCCUGAGCGAGGCAACUGCUCCAGCCUCAUGCAGUUCACCGCCGCGCUCAAUGGCCUCAGUGGAUCCAUCCCCAGGGAAUUGGGCCGGCUUGGGAAUCUUGGACUGCUGAACCCUAGGAUGAUGCUCCUUGAAACUUGGAGGAUUUUCUUUCCGCUUCGGGGUUUAAGCGCAAGAGAAACUUUAUAUUCAACAACAAAGAGAAGGAGAUUGGUCAGGCACCAAGAGAGUCAAAACCCUCCGACGCAUGAAGCGAGGUGGGAAGAAGGACAACCGAGAUGA